GAUCAUCAGUCGCAGAACAAGCACACACACACCCAUACACACACACACCCACAUUUUCAUAAAAAGCCCGAAGCACCCAGUUGUUUUCUCAGAGCUCUCGGUACGUGGUCCCAGUCAGCAUCAUCCGAGGAUCGGUUUUCAGUUUUUCCUUUUAGCAGAAGCAAAAAGCCUCGGAGUGAGGGAACUCAGGGAAGGAUGUGUGCAGCUGGAUGGUCGCUAAUGCUAGUGCUGAUUCGCCUUGUUGGCUCAGCUUCCUCUUCUCCCAUAGCUCCUCCUGCCUCACAUCUGCCAUCUCAGAUAUUGCCCCCCUCUCCUUCACCAAUCGGCCUCCCGCCCUCGACUCUUGGCCUCCCACCCCUGACCUCCACGGCGAGCUGCAGCCUGCGAAUUUCGCCUUCAACUCUUGUGGUCAGGUUUGGAGAUCCAGCCACCGCUAACUGCUCGAAACCAAACCAUGGGUAUUCUAUGAUGGGCUGGGAAAAACUACCGGGAGAAACACAGGAAAGUUCAGUUUUCACAAUGGAAAAUUUUCUGGUGUGGAGUGUGGACAGCGUGACUGAAUGGAGUCUCAGCCCUGAAUGUUAUGCAACGCCUGAGGAGGGAGGGCAGUGCAGCAGUCCUCUCUCUGUAAUAGUCUACCAGCCACCAAAAUCAGUCUCCAUCCGGUUUUUGAAUCACAGCGGCCCGAUGUACGAGAGACAGAAGUACAUUCUGCAGUGCACAGUUGAAGAUGUCGCGCCCGUGGAAAACCUGGUGGUGACCUUCUACAAGGGACGGACGGUGCUGGCUGAGUUCUGCUCCAACAGGACCACAGAGAGGACUCCAGUGAAAGAGAGCUUCAGUCUGCUCGUCACUCCCUGCAGAGGGGACGAUGGAGACCAGUACUGGUGUGAGGCGAAGCUGGAACUGGGGCCUUCGGGACCACAGCAGCCUCCAGCAGAGAGGUCGCAGAACAUCAACGCGACAGUCCUCUGGGAUCCAGAACAUAUUCAUCCAUCCAAGCUGCACAUGGAAGAAAAACCUUUAGACUGUGAAGUUCAAAACCAGCCAUUAGGAGGAAACGGAACUACAAACAGAUGUCGAGGAUGCUUCUUAUUGAUCGCUCUUCUUGCUUAUUUGAUCGACUGCUAAACCUGAGGGAACAAACCAAUUCCCAACUUGGACUGGUCCAGAUGUGGGAAAUACAUCCUAGAAGAUCCAUCAUCAGUCUUCAGUGUAAAAAAUAAAAUCCCAAAAAAUAAAAAUAAAGUCCCAAUAAAAUCAAAAUCUACUCUAAAGAAAGAGCCACUGCUAAGGUACAUGUUCUGACGGCAGACCAACUCUGACUCAAAAUGUUAAAUCCCAUUUUUAUGAAUGCUGCUUUGAAGAUAUUUAAUUUUGUGAAUUCUGCGUUUCGUUGGACGUUUGUUUUAAUUCAUAUCCAGUGUACAUACUUUUUAGUCUGCAUUCAAAUGUAAAAUCUGCCUUCAGGAUCAACUUUUCAUAUUAUUUGUGGCAUGCUUCUUUUAAUCCAAGCACUGGUUAAAUUUUGCGAUGUCAUAAUGUCAACUUCAUUUAUGCUAUUUGGAGUGUUUGUAAAAUACAGAAACUAAACCUCAACAGAAAUGUAUGUCUCAACUGACCAUCUUCCUUGAAUUUAGUGUAUUGUUCAGAAUCAAUGCUGCAGCCACCCAGCAGACCCAGGAACAAUUUUCUGACCUCCUUGGGGAAAAACAAAAACAAAAUAACCCAUCAGAAGUCAAAGAUGGCUUGAACAAAACCAGAGGCUUUCA